AUGAAUCGAAGUGAUGGUUUGGUGCGACGCGCCGUGAAAACACGAGACAAUGGCGCUGAAGGUGGCGCAUACGGCCAGAAUGCUAAUACACCAGAUGACGACAGCGAUUUAAGUAACAGUAAUAAAGAUCAGGAGGACAACAUCGAUGAUGGCGAUUCCAAACAGACACGUCUAACACUCAUGGAGGAAGUGUUGCUGUUGGGCUUAAAAGACAAAGAGGGCUACACAUCCUUUUGGAAUGAUUGCAUAUCGAGCGGCCUACGUGGUUGCAUUCUUAUUGAGCUUGGAUUACGCGGUCGCGUCAUGAUGGAGAAGACAGGCAUGCGUCGACGCAGCUUGUGCUCCAGAAAACUCAUUUUAAAAUCAGAUCAGCCGACCGGCGAUGUUCUGCUCGACGAAGCACUCAAACAUAUUAAAGAAACAGAUCCACCAGAAUCUGUUCAAAGUUGGAUUGAAUAUUUGAGUGGCGAAACAUGGAACCCUUUGAAAUUACGAUAUCAAUUA